GAAUUAUUAUUAUUAUUGUUAUGAAUCAUUUCCGUAGAACAAAGAGAGCAAACAGAAGGUGGUGAGGAUGGCUGCACGACCCAACAGCUCUGGCCCCGACUCCUCGGCAGGCAGUUCCGCGGACCUCCCGCCUGUGUCAGGUCUGAACAAGAUGGGCGUUCUGCCCGAGGAGUGGACACUGCCGCAUGAGUGGAAGAUAGAGAAGCGGGAGGUGUUUGAUAACUGGAAAAUGGACGUUCAGAGCCAAAUAAGUAACAUCUCAAGAAACUUGAACAGCUCUCUGCAGACGUACCCUCACCCGGAAGUGGGAUCCAGGCUACACACGGUAGACGACACCAUGGCCGACUGGGAGGCAGAGAGUCAACAGCUCAAACGGAACCGGAUGCAGCUAGGACUCUCCAGGAGUUUAAGUCAGCUCUAAAACUAGUUGUUCCAAGAACUGAAGAGUUGUACUUAGAAACAUUAUCAGUGUCAUAUUGUGAAUAUUUGUCGUUUUUCUAUUAUUUCAUUGCUAUUGUGCAUCUUUAAAAAAGUUCGAGGAUAUGACAAAAUAUACUGUCGAGUGCACGAAUGAAGAACAGGAGAGUGCCUUUUGGUAGAAAAGUGAGCAAGUGUGUAUACAUGUGUGUGUCUGUAUCUGUAUGUGUGU